AUGGCUUUUAUGAUGCCGGUAGUGAAGAAUGAUUGGGACAUCUACAAGUCCAAUCGGUCCCGCAGAACUUCUGAAUGUUCCAACACGAAUUCAUGUCGUUCGAGAAAAGUCUCUGAGUGCCGAUCAGAAGGGCCCAGCAGCACAUCGACAUCUCCGGGUUCUGAUUUUAUUACAUCUCCGCACCGUUCUGUGCCAGAUAAAAUGUCUUCGCGACAGUAUUCGCGGUCCAAUUCCACCAGCUACUCCAGAACCAGUUCCCAGAGCUUUCAGAGUCCCAUGAAGAGUGCGUCAUCGUCACCGCCAAAAAAUAAUUCGUCGACAAGUCUGAACAAGUUCCACAACCGGCUAUUGGACAAGCUGAAGAAGUCAAUGCGGAAUGGCAAGGACGAAGAAAGAACCAGUUCAUGA